AUGAUUCAUGCUGUCUCCGCCGUUGGCAAGGUCGCGUAUCGCGCGGCUGCGCGGACGGGCCUUGCCGCAGGGGAGGAUAAACCCCCUUACCCCUGCGCCCUCCCCCUCCGAGUGGUGGAGGGGCCCGACGACAACGCGAAGCUUCGCGAGGUUGCCGGGGCCAUCUUCGACGCUGCGCGGGACCUCCUCCAUAGCCCUGCCCACGUCUGGCGCCGAGUCGCCUUCACCGACCCCGACGGCGAGGAUCUUUUUCUCCAGACAAAACCUCCCAUCGGAGCGUAUAACUUUGCACGGGCCUCGAUGAGUUUCCGCGGGGCGACCCCUGCACUCUUUCUUGACACUGUCCACGGCGAUCGCUUCGACUUCCGGCAGGAGUACAGCUCUGAGCUGGUCGGCUUCGACAUCCUCGCGAGGCCGACGCCAGAGAUAACCAUUCAAUAUCAGGAAUACCGCGCCCCGCCUCCAAUUCGCAAUCGGUAUCUUAUCUACCUUGUGGAAAAGCGCUAUUUGGCUGAAGAAGAUACCUGGUACGUUUAUGGCUGCUCGAUCGACUACCCAUCGUACAAGGUCACCUCUAAUGCUGUGUCCUCGAUCUGCAUGUGGACUUGGGAGCUCUCACAGGUGGGGCAUAAUACAAUUGCGACCUACGCUUCGUGCAUGAGCCCAAAUGCCUGGGUGCCUCCCUUCAUUAUUAACUGGAUGAAGAGUGCGAUCGGCAAGGAGUUGGUCGCCAUUCGGAGAUUUCUAUAUCGCCAAAGACCGCAGCCACAAUCGGGCAUUUCAACCCAACCUCAGGAAAAUCUUGUGGAGGUGAAUAGCAAUAAAAAGGAGGAAGAACGCGUCACCGAUGAUUCUAGCUCCGAUCGCGAGGCUAAUUGCCAGAUCCUUACUGAUAAUUCAACACUAAAAAUGAGCGAAUUAGACAAUUCUGAGGACGAUAGUCAGUUCAAGGAUAAUCCUCUUCAAGAAGACGCGUUCUUCUGGCGACAUUUGGAGGAGAGCGAGGAGCUUCAGUUAUUGUAA